CUUACAAACACUGCCUUGAAGGCUGAGAAGAAAGAGGUGGUGUUGUGAUAGUGAGAGGUGGGCGAGAACGAGGAUCCGUAUAGUGGUGUAUCUCCCGUAAUUGACGUCGAGAAAAACUACGUCCUUCUUUUCGGCAGAACAUCUGCGUUCUGGUCUACCGACGGCGUUGUCCGUCGUCAUCGUCGCGGAGAAACGGCCGGCCUCCGUUCGUCGCUCGCUAACGCAGCGGCUGUGUGUCAUUAUUACUGUCCCACUGCCUCACACACCGCGGCCUCAUGAUUGGUUCAUUUUGGAACCUCUGCCGUGCGUGCCCUUCAAUGCCGAUUGAUAAGCAGCUUCAUUCGGAAUACAGGAGCACGUACACAUGGCACGAGUACACAGGACCGCAUCAGGAGCAUACAGUUGUGCGACGCGCGCCGCAGCCGCCACCAUCGACGAAGCAACCAAGCGCGAAGCUACAAUCGGCCAAGUCAACAGAGGAUGAGAACAGCGAAGGACCCACCUUGGAACCACCAUUGCCCAGGCGAAAGAAAUGUCCGGAGCUUGCUUACAAGACGCACGAAUUUAUCACGGCAGCAGAUGGCGGUGGUAUCGAUGCCAUCGACUCGAACGUCGUAGCUGAUAAAGUACGGGAAGUUACAGCAACGUCGGCACUGCCACCAAGUCAGCUUAGCAAGGCGAUAUCUCGUAUCAGUACCGAGUACCGGCUGCAGUUUGCCUGGCCUAGAAGACCGCAGUUGACAAAUGGCGAAACUCAGGUGCCGGUUCCAGCUGCGGGGGUUCCCGGAGGUACCACAGGCCCACCGAGGAAGUCGCUCAGCAUGGGUGCGCUUAAACAGGGCAUGGUGCCUUCUGGACCCGCGCCGGUACACAAGAAACGACCCGGCGACUUUGAUCACAAGCGCGAUGGGGUCCAAGCAUCAGAACUGGAGCCAUUGGUGGGUGGCACUGGAACGGACAUGAUCGACGGUGUGGUACCAGAGGGCGAUGAACGCGAAGAGGAUUUGUCGGAUUUGAAAGUAGCUUUCAGGUCGGUCACCAAAGAGGAGAAAGAAAAGGAGAACACGAGGAAGGUCGCACCGAUCGCUAUUAUGCCACCGGCGGGUCGACCGUCCUCGGUACAAGCUAGACCAAUCCAUGGCAUAAUACAAGACGACACUAAGGCAGAUACUGAUCGAGCCAUCGCUCGUGCAAGAAAGGAUUUCUUGAUCCGCCACCAUCUUGAUCGUACAACUGGUGUGGGUGACGGUGCACUGCUUCCCUCUCCAACGAGAGAGAAACUGGAGCCCGUGAUACCACGGCGACGUGAUGAUGUUAAGGAGCAUCGGGACGAGAUUCAACCACGAACCAAGUCCAGUCCGAAAAAUAGUCCGAGAACCGGACGCUCGCAGAGCCUCGGACCGACCGUCACCGAUCGCAGAUCGCCUAAACGUCAGCCUCCUCGCGCACCGUCUGUUACCAAGGAUGCUAAGGAGAAAGAAAAAGAGAUGAAAGACAAGGAUAAGGAACACAAGGAAAAGAACGGCGAGCCCGAAAGACAUCCACGACCGACCGCGGCAGGCCCAGGCCAACGUGUCCGUUGGAGCAUACGGGAACCCGCGACUACGGUUCCCCCGGCGACUGGCUUGUCGACGCCGCCUAUACCGCCAUUACCGCCGCCACCCUCGGGCCCAGGGCCUGCUCCGCUCCACAAGAGGCCCCCGCAAGUCCCACAUCGCAAAUCCUUCCUCGCGACCACCGCCCUUCCCCAUCGCCCUCUUCAUCACGCCAAACCCACAACCACUACCAACACCACCAACAUCACUGUCACUACCGCUAAUAAUAUUAGCGCAAGUACCGCCCCGGUAAAACGUUCCCCGGUAAAGUAUUCGGUUCAUAUGACCGUCCAUCACCCACCUACGUCGGGCGCUGCCGCUGCGGCCAGGCCGGAGCGCGGCGUUAAAGAUUUAAGCCAAAGGUGCCGUGGUGCGAAUGACGAGGCUCAGGCAAAACUGGCCCGCGGGCAUCCAGCAGCUGCGGCUGCAGCCGCCGGCGAUGAUCCAUCAUCCAAAUCAUCCCUCGAUACGCGAUCCGCGUCAAAUCGAGCCGCUACUACCGCCGCCCAAGCUAUGACGGCGGAACCCCAAGUAAACGGGGAUGUCACAGGCGGAGAUUCGAGCGUCGCUUCGACGCCACCGUCGCAAACGAUAAAGACAGUGGGACCAGCGCCUGUCACCCAAGCAAGUCCCUGGCUAGACGACGAACCGGUGGUGAAGAGCCCACCGGAGCCAACAAGAGUAAAGUCGCCGGAGCAGAUGAUCAUGCGCUCACCGGAACCCGUAAAUUGGACCGUUCCCCUCGACACCGGCAAGACUUUCACCGUGACGCAAAAUGUCCGGGAAGAACCUCUGACGCGUCCGCAUAGUGAGGCGAAGACGUGGGCACCGUCCUCAGUACCAUCGGCACCGCAAUCAGCACCACCGGAGCUUGCGGCUCAACACAAAUCACAGCAUUCCCAGCACUCCGGCUACAAAUCACCCGAGAGCGAAAGCGUCUCGCUCGGUAGUUUUAGCGGCAUAAACGGCCACAAGGAUUUGGACUCAGAGAGGGACAGUCCAUUGCCCACGAACGUGCAGGACACACCUACGAAGGAUGAGAAGGAGAUCACCGAUGUUGUCGAGGAGACGAAAGAGCGACAGAGCCCGGAAUCAUCGAUAAAGUCAGUGAUAGGCACGAACCUGAGACGUCUGGAAGAUCCGACAUUCGAGAUGGAAAGUAAAAGGGAAGGCGGUAUACCGGUAGCGAUCACGACAGCGCCGGUGACGACGACAUCGUCGACGUCGCCCGCACUACAGAGUUACCGCGUUCUCGAAGCCGAGUCGCCAGGUCAAGGUACUGGCGGUAGCAGUAGCAGCACUGCAGGUACAGGAAGUAGUAUCGGAGGUAGCACUACGGGUGGUUACCACGUUCUGGAAGCACCAACAGUGGUACCGGGCUCAGCACAACGAUCAGCAGCAACCGAUGUCUUAGAGAAGGCGCGAAACCGCUUCGACAAGUUCUGGGGAAAGGGCAACAACGGCGCGGAGAAUUAAAAGCAGUGAUCUUCGAACGACAAAAGAAGAAAAAGACGCUUUGACGAAGAACAGUAGGGUAGGGCAAGACAGCCCUCCUGGGAAGAAAAUUAUCAUCCCACUCUGCUAUGUCCUAUCGUCAAUUGGUCUGUCCAUGUGCUUUCAUAGCUUUUAGCUGCUCAGAAAAAUAUAUGUUAUACACGUGAGAGCGAAAAGGGGAAAAAGAAGUGAGAUGAUAUUCUCGUAAAGGAAUUUUCUCGAUUAAACGCCGCUUUGAUAAUUCAAGAUCUUCGGGAAUAAAAUCCUUUUUUUUUUUUUACAUUAAAAUAUAUUCUGAAAAUAUAUUCAAGACUUUUGAGGAUUGGAAGAAUCAUGCCGAUUUUAAAUCGGAAUUAUCUGAAAAAAAGAAACAAUCGUCAAUAGAAUUUUAUAGAAAAAUAGAAAGAACAACGGAUAACUGAUGAGACUAAUCGAUAUUAUUCUUGAAGGUUAAAUUUGCGGUCUAUAAUCAAUUUAUUCGUUUAUUAAGGACUACUACGUAACAAGCAUACGGUCAAAACGAUCAAAAUAACGCUACACAUUUCAGAUUAAGUAAGAUCAGAUUCUAAGGCUUUCAUGCAGACACAAACUUGAAAAGGCACAGAAGCUCGAAUUAAAUUACUGAUUCAUUAAUAAAAAGCUUCUUUCUCCUUCAAAAGACAGAACAAAAGACAGACUGUAGGACAGCGUCGUGAAUUUGCGGUCGUCGCAUCGUUAGUAAAAAAAAGAGAAAUAAUUCUAGACAAGGAUACGUCAGGAUGAAGGAUUGACGUGAGAAGCUUAUACGAUGACGGUGCGUGCAGGUUGCGCGUCGGUCUUGUUUCACACUUCGAAUGAUUCGAAGAACGUAAUCAUCUAACACUUACACGUGCUUGCAUAUACAAAUACAUAACAAUUACACAUGCAAUACACGCAUACAUACACAAAUAUAUACA